CCAGGCCCAGAAGCCUCGUUUCCUCCACCAGGUGAUCCCACUAUACUCUCUCUAAAAAAAAGGUGAUCCCACUAUAAAUAUCCCCGUAACCGUCGGCCGCCACUUCCACCUCUCCGCUGAUCAGCCGCUCAUCGCCGGUGUACGAAGCGUCGACGCCAAGCGCCGCCCUGCCCCUCCGAGUCUCCGACCCGGCGCCGCCGCCCUUAGCCGACGAGUUGGGACCAUGGCUCGCCAACAGCUAGGAAAAACCCUUCUUAAGAGUGCUAGGUUUAGGGAUCUAGUGGAGCAGUCUGGUGAGUUGAAGGGGAAGAAUAGUGGUGAGAAAAGCAAAAGUCUAGGAAAAUCCCUGCUUAAGGGUGCUCAGGUUAGGGCUCGUGCAGAGCUCUCUGGUGAGACAAAGGGGAGGAAGAGUAAUGAGAUGGUGGACAUAGCUCUUGUCCUUGAGAAAAGUGGAACUGCUGAAAAAGCACUGCAUAAGGUUUCUGAGGUCAACAUGCUCGCAGAGCAAUGCAAUGAGAAAAAGGCAGCUUCUGGAGGAAUUGUAAAGUUUGUCACAAUGGUUCCACGCUUUAAACUUAGGUGGGGUGGCAAGGUUUACAGGGUUGAAUUCCUGCUCAAGCGCCUCAAGCAGAUCAAGCUCACCAUGAGUGGAGACUUAUGAAUGAAGCUGACAGAAUGAGUGAUCCAGAUGUUCCUACCCUUGACGUACUGUUAAAAUACUUGCGGCUGUGAUACUAAGAGACAAAUCACUUAGAAGUACCGUUUUGGCUUACUAUGUGGUUUGGGUACUGUCGUUUAGUUACUUCUGUUGGGUAGCGUGACAAGCUAAAUCUUAGUUGAUGAUAAAUGUUGCCUCCCGGCCGACAGAUGCGUGACAAGCUAAAUCUUAGUUGAUGAUAAAUGUUGCCUCCCGGCCGACAGAUAAACAUUGCCUGGUGAAGUGAAGUUCAUGCUGAAAGAACUUGUCUGUUUCGUAUAUGUUGGUUUGAAAUCUGUGGGUUGCAUACUUAUGAUAUAUGAUGAUGGUUUGAAAUA